GUACCAACUUGAGAGAUCAGGGUGGCAAUUGGCGUAUUUGUUCGACCGUCUUCUCUCAUCAGCGGCGGCGAGGCAGAAGUGGCGAAACCUGAAAGUGAGCUCUACGAAAGAGAGAGGGGCCAAACCAAGAAAAGCAAGCUAGCGCCUACCAGGCGAGCUCGGACCAAUACCUGCAGUACCAGGACCUUGUUUUUGUUCUCUCAUUCGUUCCUCACCGGGUCCGGGUGGGGCGUUGUGGUGGCGCCUGGCUGGUGCGAGGAAAGUAUCAGGCGCAAGUUGCGAUUUUUGGGAGUUUGUUGAGGCGUCACAGAAAGUUUGGUGAGCAAAAGGUUUCCUGGAUUCGUCAAGAACGAGGCAUCUCGCAAUCUGAGGCGCUCCAUCUAGUUGCCCCCCUCGGAUUCGGCCAUGGAGCGGCAGUCCAGCAUCCGGCUGGGCGCGCUGGAGAAGCUCAAGAGCUUCCGGGGGAUGGAGAAGCAGAAGAGCUUCCGCGGGAUCAUGUCCCUGGAGCGGCGGAGCAGGGACAGCCCGGGGAAACGCGGCGACACGCCGCUCCACCUCGCGGCGAGGUCCGGGAGCGUGGCCCACGCGCAGAGGAUCCUCGCGGAGCUCGACCGCGCGCUGGUCGCCGAGAUGGCGGCCAAGCAGAACCAGGACGGCGAGACGCCGCUGUACGUCGCCGCCGAGAAGGGGCACGCCGAGGUCGUGCGCGAGAUCCUUAAGGUCUCUGAUGUGCAGACCGCCGGCAUCAAGGCCAGCAAUAGCUUCGAUGCGUUCCACAUCGCCGCCAAGCAGGGCCAUCUUGAGGUUCUGAAGGAGAUGCUGCAGGCUCUUCCUGCUCUUGCUAUGACAACGAAUUCUGUAAAUGCUACAGCUCUGGACACUGCUGCAAUUCUGGGUCAUGUUGAUAUUGUCAAUCUCCUACUGGAAACUGAUGCUAGCCUUGCCAGGAUUGCAAGAAACAAUGGGAAAACGGUUUUACAUUCAGCAGCAAGAAUGGGCCAUGUGGAGGUUGUAAGAUCAUUGUUGAAUAAGGAUCCUGGGAUUGGUUUGAGAACAGACAAGAAGGGACAAACAGCACUACAUAUGGCUUCGAAAGGACAGAAUGCUGAAAUCGUGGUUGAAUUGUUGAAGCCUGAUGUCUCGGUCAUCCAUAUUGAAGACAACAAGGGAAACAGGCCUUUGCAUGUUGCUACUCGGAAGGGGAAUAUCAUUAUAGUGCAGACUCUAUUAUCAGUUGAAGGGAUUGAUGUCAAUGCAGUUAAUAGAUCUGGAGAGACUGCGUUUGCCAUUGCUGAGAAAAUGAACAAUGAAGAACUUGUUAACAUCCUAAAAGAGGCUGGUGGAGAAACUGCAAAACAGCAAGUACAUCCUCCGAAUUCCGCGAAGCAACUGAAGCAAACAGUCAGUGAUAUUAGACAUGAUGUCCAGUCCCAGAUCAAGCAAACACGUCAGACCAAGAUGCAAGUCAAUCAAAUCAAGAAGAGGCUCGAAAAGCUCCACAUUGGCGGGCUGAACAACGCCAUCAACUCCAACACCGUCGUUGCUGUGCUUAUCGCCACAGUCGCCUUUGCCGCCAUAUUCACGGUCCCCGGAAACUUCGUGGAGGAUCUGACCCAGGCGCCUCCCGGCAUGUCCCUGGGGCAGGCGUACGUGGCGAGCAACCCGGCCUUCAUAAUCUUCCUGGUCUUCGACGCCCUGGCCCUCUUCAUCUCGCUCGCGGUGGUGGUCGUGCAGACCUCGCUGAUCGUCGUGGAGCGGAGAGCCAAGAAGAGGAUGGUGUUCGUGAUGAACAAGCUCAUGUGGCUGGCGUGCCUCUUCAUCUCGGUGGCCUUCAUCGCGCUGACCUACGUGGUGGUGGGGCGUGACGACUGGUGGCUGGCCUGGUGCACCAUGGCGAUUGGCACCGUGAUCAUGCUCACCACCCUCGGCUCCAUGUGCUACUGCAUCAUCGCGCACAGGCUGGAGGAGAAGAACACCAGGAAGAUCAGGAAGAAGGCCUCCGCGAGCCAGUCCCGGGGCUCCUGGUCCCGUUCAGUCGACUCAGAUGAGGAGAUACUUAACAGCGAAUACAAGACGAAGAUGUACGCGCUGUAGGAUGGAUUAGCAACUGUAACAUGACGAAUUCUUUGUACAUAACUGUGCUGUUUCGCCAGAGGCUACUGGGUAGCAUUCGGUGGGAUUGACGACCUGAAGGUCGGGAUGCACAGGCUGCGGCACCACAUCGGUCUUUUAACCAAAAGGACUGAAGGCACUAACCUUCCUGCUGAAUCAUGUUCAGGUCACAUUGACUGGUGUACUGGUGUGCCUGUUCCUGGGUGACAGGGUGAGUCUGCUGAACUGUGUGGUUCUUGCACCUGAAACUAUCAAUGAUGAUGGAGAUAAUUCAGGUAGAAGUUUAGAAUAGAAUGAAGUGUCUGGUACAAAACGCAAUGUGUCAUGCUUUAGAUAUGAUGAUUUUGUACACGAGGAUCUCGAUUUGCUGAAGUCUUGUGGGCAGGUCUUUUGCUUGGGGCCUUGGGCUUGUGAUCUGUGACGGAGGGAUUACGUGUUGACUUACAUGAAAACGGUCAUUGUGCUAUGCACCGACUAUAUGACAGUUUUUGUGUAACUUCUUGUACACCGGAAUGAAUCGUGUAUCUGCGAAUAAAGAUUUUUGCGUGGCA